AUCAUUUUUGAGAAGCAGUGGUUUUAUCUGGAUAAUGCCAUUGGACAUAUUUAUGGAACUACAUUUGAAGUAACCAGUGGUGGAAACCUGCAGCCAAAGCAAGAGGUGGAAGAGACUACCUCAGAAACAAAAGAAGCAGGUACAGAUAAUCGUAACAUAGUUGACGAUGGAAAGUCUCAAAAACUGACUCAUGAUGACAUAAAGGCUUUGAAGGACAAGGGUAUUAAAGGACAGGAAAUAGUUCAGCAGUUAAUAGAGAACAGUACAACAUUCAGAGACAAAACAGAAUUUGCUCAAGAUAAAUACAUAAAGAAGAAGAAAAAAAAAUAUGAGGCAGUUAUUACAAUUGUGAAACCAUCCACUCGCAUUCUUUCAACAAUGUAUUAUGCAAGGGAACCCGGAAAAAUCAACCACUUGCGAUAUGAUACCCUAGCUCAGAUGUUGACUUUAGGAAACGUCCGUGCUGGCAACAAGAUGAUCAUAAUGGAAACGUGUGCAGGCCUUGUGCUGGGUGCGGUGAUGGAGCGAAUGGGAGGCUAUGGAUCCAUUGUUCAGUUGUAUCCAGGAGGGGGACCUGUUAGAGCUGCUACCAGUUGUUUUGGAUUUCCAAAACAUUUUUUUGAUAAUCUUCAUGAAUUUCCUCUCAGCAAAGUAGACAGCCUCCUCUCUGGGACAUUUUCUACAGAGACUCUGCCUUCAGAACCUGAAGAUACCACGCUCAUGGAAGAAAGCAAUGGAUUGAUUGAUGAGAAGCAGACUUCCCUACAGGAGACAGAAGAGGAAUCUACUACUGAAGCAGCUAUGGAGAUCAACCAAAUGGAAGAGCAAGAAACAAUGGACAUUAAUGCUGAAGAUGUAGAAUUUAAAGAGAACAAAGAAAAAGAAAAUAAAGAAAAUGUUCGGGAAAAACAGAGAAAACAAUGGGAGAGAAGGAAAAAACUAAUAGUAACUGCUGCUUUGUUGAGAGAGAAGAAUGCUGACGGCUUAAUUGUAGCCAGCAAGUUUCAUCCCACUCUUUUAUUACUUUCUCUACUGGAAUUUGUUGCUCCUUCAAGGCCUUUUGUUGUCUACUGCCAGUAUAAAGAGCCAUUAUUAGAAUGUUACACAAAGCUGAGAGAAAGAGGUGGUGUUGUUAACCUAAAGCUGUCUGAAACCUGGCUACGAAACUACCAGGUCCUACCAGAUCGAAGCCAUCCAAAACUGACAAUGAGCGGAGGUGGAGGGUACCUUCUGUCUGGUGUAACAGUUGUCUUGGAUAAGGGCAAAUCUGAUUCCAGUAAUUUAGAAGCACUGAAGAUGGAAGAGCCGUCAUCUAAAAGAUGCAAAGUUCAAGACAUUCACUGUUAACAUUUGAAGAAUUGAUUUGAUUUUUUAGAUCUCAGGAGUCCUACUAUUAGUAAAAUAACAAGUACACUUUCCAUGCUCUUGACAGCACAGAAGUUGUACCUGUCAUUCACCUGCCAACAAAAUACAGCAGAACUGCGUGGUAGGGAGGAUUGUCUCACUCUUUACCAGUUUACAUGAUCGGAAUGAGAAGA